UGUCAAAGAUCAUUGCGUGGGGAAAUAGUAAUGCAUGAAGUCUUGUGUUCUGUGUCGUGAGUCUCUCCAUUUGGACGGGAAAUUAGAAGGGUGAGUGUUGUUCUGCUCUCUGUGUUGGUGAUAAAAUGUCAAUGCCGUUGGUUCAGCCACCGCCGCCUCCAGUCAUGGUGGUGCAGCAGCCUGACAUUUCUCACUCUGGUCAUGCUUCAAUUGGUCCGGUUAUUGCUGUGCUCGUGGUGAUUGUAAUCUUGGGCAUUGUAGCUGGGAUGAUUGGGCGGUUGUGCACGGGUAGGAGAGUCAUGGGGUAUGGGCAUUAUGAUAUUGAGAGUUGGAUAGAAACCAAAUGCUCUUCUUGCAUCGAUGGUGGGAUCCAUCCGCCUCCGGCGAGGGCGGCUGAUGUUGCUUCUGGUGGUAGUUCCGUUCAGGCAUCCACACCACCGCAAGCGCAGCAAGAGGCCAAACAAGAAGGGCAAUCUCCUCAAUCCACAGCUUCUCAAGUGUUUGAUUCUUGAAAUGGGUUUUUUGCACUCGACAGCAUUCUUUGCAGCCAAGUGUUUCAUUCUGGAUAGAAGUAGCGCUAGAUUGCUAUGUCCUUUUGGUAGCCAUUGUUAGCCACCCUUUCGUGGUUUAUGACCUUGCAUUGUCUCCUUUUUUGUAUCUGAAUCUGAAUGUUGAUUUCAUAGUAAGUUUUAUCUAAAAUCUUCUAAUUAAUUACUUGGACCACC